AUACUAGAUAUCUGCCAAAUAUCAUCCCAGCCAAAUCCAAAUCCAAAUCCAAAUCCAGUGUGAGCAGUGGCGGAUGCAAACCAGCAGCAGCAACUCAUGAGAUAGAGCCAUUUCCCGUAAAGACAACUCUGAUCAAAUAACCAUGAUUGCUCCCAAAAUCGUCCAACUUUUUGUUCUUCAAUCCGUUUUUCUUGUUCUGGGUUUUUGCUUGGAAACAGACACCAUCUCCUUCGGUUUAUCUAUCAAAGAUCCUGACACCAUAAUUUCUCGCGAGCAGGUCUUCAAAUUGGGAUUUUUCACGCCUGACAACACCACCAACCGCUAUUUGGGUGUCUUUUACACAGUCUCCGAGAAAACCGUGAUAUGGGUAGCCAACAGAGACAAACCUCUCAAUGAUACUUCCGGCACCGUAUCUAUAUCUGACGACGGCAAUCUUGUACUGAGAAACGGAAAUAAUGAAAUUGUAUGGUCAACCAAUGCGACCACUUCUCCUAUGAAUAAUACCACUCUUCAAGUUCAGGACACUGGAAAUCUUGUUUUGCGGGAAAAUGCAACGGGGAACACAAUAUGGGAGUCUUUUGCAGUACCUUCGGAUGUUUUUAUGCCCACAAUGAGGAUAGUCGACAACAUAAUUACGGACAAGAAGGUGGUCGUGUCGGCGUGGAAAAACGGGUCCGACCCUGAAGUAGGACGCUUCACGGCGGGGCUUGAAGCAUUAAAUAUUCCUCAAAUUUUCACCUGGAAUAAUGGCCGACCGUACUGGAGGAGCGGCCCCUGGAACGGGCAGAUUCUGAUUGGGGUACAGGAUAUGUAUUCUCCAUACCUGGACGGGUUCACUGUAGUCAACGAUCGUGCCGGCACUUUCUACUUCACGGCACCUGAGGGGAAGUUCUUGAUGAGAAUCACCCUAAAUUCUUCAGGAAGCUUAGUUCAAACUUUGUGGAACGAUCAGACUAAGAAUUGGGAUAUUACAUGGUUGGCUCCUCAAAAUGAAUGUGAUGUUUAUGGGACGUGUGGGCCAUUUGGUAGCUGUAAUGCACAGGAUUCACCUAUUUGCUCUUGUUUGAGAGGAUUCGAGCCCACGAAUAGAGAUGAAUGGGAGAGAGGGAAUUGGACUGGCGGGUGCCAGAGAAAAAAGCAGCUGCAGUGUGCUCAAGGUGAUGGAGACGGGUUUCUGAGGUUGCCGUUUAUGAAGGUUCCAGACUUUGCUGAACAGUUAUCGUCUAGGCAGGAAGAUGAAUGUAGGAGUGCAUGCUUGAGUAAUUGUUCUUGCAUAGCUUAUGCUCAUGAUCCUAAUAUCGGUUGUAUGUUUUGGGGCGAGACCUUGAUCGAUGUUCAGCAGUUCUCGGGCGUUGGUGUUGAUUUUUACAUCCGUCUGGCGGCUUCAGAAUUGGAUAAUCACAAAGACAAAAAGCUGAUUAUCAUAAUUCCAGUGGUCGUGGGCUUUGUUUCCGUAUCUGCUCUUAUCAUCAUCGCUUGGUGCUGGAUGGUCAAGAGAAAGGGUGAUAAAGCAAAAGACAAAAGGAUUUUUGAAGCAGGGCAAACAUUUUCCUCAGAUUCAAACGCAAUUGUGCUCAAAGAUGAAUCAGAGAGAGUUAAUAUUGAAGAGUUUCCACUAUACACUUUUGAGACGCUUGCAAAUGCAACAGAUCAAUUCAACGAAAACAACCUUCUUGGGAAGGGUGGGUUUGGUCCUGUUUACAAGGGCAAUCUGGCAAAUGGGAAAGAAAUUGCUGUGAAGAGACUGUCAGCAGCUUCUGGACAAGGGGUGGAAGAAUUCAUGAACGAAGUGAUAGUGAUUUCCAAACUCCAACACAGGAAUCUCGUCAGACUGUUAGGAUGCUGUGUGGAGAAAGAAGAGAAGAUGCUGAUAUAUGAGUACAUGCCUAAUAAAAGCUUGGACUUGUGUCUCUUUGAUCCUACGCAUCCAUCACAAAAGGUUUUAGAUUGGAAGAAACGUUUCAGUAUUAUUGAAGGUAUUGGGCGAGGCCUCAUGUAUCUUCAUAAGGACUCCAGGCUGAGGAUAAUCCACAGAGACCUGAAGCCCAGUAAUGUGUUGCUCGAUGAGGAUUGGGACCCAAAAAUUUCUGACUUUGGAAUGGCGAGGAUAUUUGGAGGCAACCAAGAUCAUGGAAACACUGCAAGAGUUGUGGGAACAUACGGAUAUAUGGCACCUGAAUAUGCAAUGGAAGGCAGAUUUUCUGAAAAAUCGGAUGUCUAUAGCUUUGGAGUGCUGAUGUUAGAGAUAGUAAAAGGGAAAAAGAAUACACAUUAUUACAACCAUGAAUGGUCUUUGAGUCUUCUAGGAUGCGCCUGGAAAUUAUGGAGUGAAGACAAUGGUUUGGCUUUCGCGGAUGAAGCCAUAGCAAGUCCUACUUUCCAGGGAGAGAUCAUCAGAUGCAUCCACAUCGCACUCUUGUGUGUCCAGGAAUUUCCGAAAGAUAGACCAACCAUUCAGACUGUUCUGUCGAUGCUCAGCCGUGAAAUCACGGACCUCCCAGCGCCAGAGCAGCCGGUGUUUGCCGAGAAAUGGAACAGCACAAACAUGGGAUCAACUCAGUCGAUGAACCAAGUUGGAUUCUCCACCAACGAGCUCACUCUCACAGUUCUUGACGGCCGAAUACUCUUCCAGGCAAGAAUCUUGGGCAUGAUAAUGGUCCGUGCAAAAGUUCUGAACUUUCUUCUUCUUCUUUCCAUCUUCCUCUAUUCUUUCCUCCCGCGGUUCUGCACAGCACAGGGCAACACCAGCAAUUCAAGCAAUACUUGCGAAACUUAUGGCAAGUGUGGGCCCUUUGGGAGCUGCAACUCACAAGUUUCACCAAUUUGUACUUGUUUGCGAGGAUUCUACCCGACGAAUAAUCAGGAAUGGAGUUCAGGGAAUUGGACCAGUGGGUGUGUGAGGAGGGUCCCUUUGAACUGUGAGGGGAAUAAUGGAACAAGUAAUGGGAGCGGAGAAGAUGGGUUUUUGAAACUUCAGAAGAUGAAAAUUUCGGGCUACUCAGCCCGAUGGUUUGGCCCUGAAGAUCAGUGUCAGGAUCGGUGCUUGAGGAAUUGUUCAUGCAUAGCCUACGGUUUUGACGUUGGUAUUGGUUGUAUGUUCUGGAGCCCACCCUUAAUCGACGUUCAGGUAUUUCCAGGCGGCAGUGGCUCAGAUCUCUACAUUCGCGUGGCAAAUUCUGAACUAGCUAGUAAGAAAGACACUAAGAAGACCAUAAUAAUUGUGGUUGUAGUCGGCUUGGUUGUCGUGUCUAUUUGUGCAUAUUUUUCUUGGAAAUGGAUAGCUAAGCGCAGAGGCAAAAGAAAGACAAGUGAACCUGAAAUAGCAGGCAAAUCAGGUUCAGUUGACUCCUUUGUUCAAGAUGCAUUAAGUCAAGUAAAUCAUGAAGAGUUACCACUGUUUAAAUUUGAGAUACUUGCAAAUGCCACCAACAGAUUCGACGAAGCUAACAAGCUUGGGAAGGGUGGCUUUGGUCCCGUUUACAAGGGAGAAUUGGCAGACGGAAGAGAAAUUGCAGUUAAGAGGCUUUCAAAAGCAUCUGGACAAGGGAUGCAAGAAUUUAUGAAUGAAGUGGUUCUAAUUUCUAGGCUCCAACACAGGAAUCUUGUUAGACUAUUGGGUUGCUGUGUAGAGAAUAAAGAGACAAUGCUGAUAUAUGAAUACAUGCCUAAUAAAAGCUUGGACUUUUUCCUAUUUGAUCCAUCACAAGAGAUCCUAGAUUGGCUAAAGCGGUUCAACAUUAUUGAAGGGAUCUGUAGAGGCCUCCUUUAUCUUCACAGGGAUUCUAGAUUGAAGAUAAUCCAUAGAGACCUGAAGCCAAGUAAUAUAUUGCUGGAUAAUGAUUGGAAUCCAAAGAUUUCAGACUUUGGCAUGGCCAGAAUAUAUGGAACAAAGCAAGAUCAUGUGAGCACCGUUAGAGUGGUAGGAACAUAUGGAUAUAUGGCUCCUGAGUACGCAUUGGAAGGAAGAUUUUCAGAAAAAUCUGAUGUGUUUAGUUUUGGAGUUUUGAUGCUUGAGAUUGCUACUGGAAAAAGGAACACAACUUUCAACCAUCAAGAAGGCUCUUUGAACCUUUUGGGACAUGUAUGGAGACUAUGGAAUGAAGACAAUGUUGCACAUUUGAUAGAUCCUAGAAUAUCAGGUGCAAGCUACCGGUCCGAGGUGGUGAGAUGCAUACAUAUCGGGUUAUUGUGUGUCCAAGAACUCCCGAAAGACAGGCCAUCCAUUUCAACUGUGCUCUCAAUGCUAAGCAGUGAAACCAUAGAGCUCCCUGAGCCAAAACAAUCGGCAUUUUCUAUAAAGUCAAGCCAUUCUGAUACAGGUACAAGUUCUUCACAGCAGACCCAAAAAAGUAGUUGCUCUUUGAACAAUGUCACUCUCACCAUGGUUGAUGGCCGCUGAUGUGUG